ACCCACCAUGACCCUUAUAAUACCUUAAUAUUUAAAUAGAAAAAAUUCACAUCAAAUUUGUAUCAGUUGAUAAUAACUUCUCCAAACAUGAAGUUCACAGUUGUUGUUUUUAUUGCGCUAAUCGCUUUAUGUGUUGCUUUACCUGCAAAUAACAAUCCCAGUUCUGUGAUUAUAAGAGCCAAUAGUGAUGUGAGACCAGAUGGAUAUGAAUUUGGAUAUGAAACUAGUGACCCAAUUGUUCGUAAUGAAGCAGGAAUAUUACAACAACUAUCCCAGGACAAGCUAGCACUUCAAGUCAAUGGCGAUUUUGCUUUUAACUAUCCUGAGGGAUUUUCACUUCAAACCACCUACGUAGCUGACGAAAACGGUUAUAGGCCCAGAGUAUCUUUUGGCCAAGGAAUUGGUCGGUCCAGGAACUAGUCUUAAUAAGAUGGUAUCAGUUUAAAAAUACAUUUAUAAUUAAGUAUUUUCUAUGGGAAAUAAGCCACAAUUUUAUUAAAAAAUGAAUUUAUUAACGUUUCGAAGCCCAAAUCGGGUUUCGUUGUCAAAAUACAAAAUACUAUUAAAAUAAACACAAAUGUUGUUGCUAAGUAAAAAAAUUUCUUCUAAUAAUUUAUUUAAUCUGACUCAUUUAUAUUGGCAAUUCAGACGUAUAUUAUACAUUUUAAAGUGGAAGACUUUAAAAUGAUAUCGCCAAUAUUUAUGAAAUGCGUUCCUGGGACGACUUUACUAAAAGAUAGUUUAUUCGAUUACAUGAAAUCAAUCCCAGCUCCCAAGAAUAUCCGUCGCAAAAAAAUCAUAGCAUGUGAUCUGUCUUUAAAAAGACAACCAAAUGCAACGAUGACAGUAAAUUUCUCACGUUAGAAAUUCCAUGGUAAAUCACGAGGGAAAACCAGGAAAAAACCUCGUGAUACUAUCCCGACAUCGUAAGUAUUUGGUCUUACAUUUAAUUUACCUUCAAAAAACUAAUACCAAAUUCUGACUUUAAUAUGUUUAAAUUAUAAAUAAUAUUAAUAAUACAUAGAUAUACAAUAAGUAAUACUAAAAUAUAAAAUUUGUAUUAACUCGAUAUGUUAUUGACUUACUAAGCGUGGUAUUUUCUUUCUAUUGACUUCCUCUUUCAGUAUGGGUAACCACAUCCUACUGCAUUCUACCGAGGAAUUUGCGACACAAUUGAUUUCAUUUAGCAUAAUUAGAGCCGCUUCUUUGAUUUUUCUCUUUUUACUAUCUGAUUCUUUCAGGACUAUACUUGAAUCUCUCCACUGAACUCUAUGUUCAUUAUCCCGUGCGUGUUGACAUAUUUGAGAUCUAUCAAAUUCUCUAUUUUUAAUAUAAGACUGAUGUUCACUCAUUCUAACGUUUAAUGGUCUUGAUGUUUCACCUAAAUAAAAUUGUUCGCAUUCACAAGGUAUUUUAUAAAUGCAAUUCUUUGUUCUUUCUUGUUCAUUGUUAGGUUUAGUUUUAGAUAGAAUAUAUCUCAAUGUGUUUGUUGUUUUGAAUGUUGUUGAAAUUUUGAAUUUGUUUCCUAUUGUUUUAAGUUUCUUGGAUAGUCCUUUUAUAUAUGGUAUUGUUAUUUUCCUCGUAUUAUUUCUUGUGAAUGUUGUAGGAUCCCGUUCUAAGUUGUUCUGUUUCAUUCGAUCCAAUCUUGUCAAUUCCUACAGUUGGGAUUGAUUUCAUGUAAUCGAAUGAACUAUAUUUUAGUAAAGUCGUCCCAGGAACGCAACUCAUAAAUAUUGGCGAUAUCAUUUUAAAGUCUUCUACUUUAAAAUGUAUAAUAUACGUCUGAAUUGCCAAUAUAAAUGAGUCAGAUUAAAUAAAUUGUUAGAAGAAUUUUUUUACUUAGCAACAACAUUUUUGUUUAUUUUAAUAGUAUUUUGUAUUUUGACAACGAAACCCGAUUUGGGCUUCGAAACGUUAAUAAAUUCAUUUUUUAGUAAAUUUGUGGCUUAUUUGCCAUAGAAAAUGCUUAAUUAUAAAAAUGCCACAAGGAAAUAGCUUCAGAACAACAAAAAUACAUUUGUUUUUCUAUUAUUUUUUUAACAUAGUUUGUUGUAAAAUUAUUGCUAUCAUUGGUAACGGUUAUUUAGAUAUUGUGAUAUGGUAUAUUAAAACCAGUAACUGAAGGAUAUAUUGCUAUGCGGAAGUUUAAAAGUAAGUGUAGAUAUAAUAUAAGAAAACAGCGAAAAUAAGCAAUCACCAAAUCAAAUGUGUUGCGAAUGGGCAUGAAAUGUAAGUGCCAACUGCAACUACAUAAAUACCAGCGUAAGCAUUACUCGUACAGUUUUUUACUGUAAGAUUUUUCAGGAAUCAAUUGCAUUGAAAUUUUUUUCCAGCUGUAUGAUGGCUUAUUGGUUCAAAGAACAAAAUAACUUAAUAUACGUUGACUUGACAAAAAUAACAAAGGAGUAGGGCUGUACCAAAUCCCAGUAGAAAGAAUAAAUAGGAUGAAACGUGCAUGUUUAUUAUCUAGAAUUUAAAAAAGCAUUUGAUAAAGUAAGACAUGAAUAAUUAAUUAAAAUUCUAAAGACAAAAAUCAUAUAAUAAAUAAUGAUUUUGCUUGUUUUCGAUUCAGAGAAUGGAAAAUAGUAAUUUAAAACUGAGAAUUUUCGUGUUGAAAGUUCUUUCUGGUACAUCCUUAAUCUGCGACUUUUUCAAUUAAUAAGACCGCAGACGACGAAUAUAGAAAACGAAAAGGAAACCAUCACAUUCCGCUUUCAUUCGUCUAGGAAAAAAGGACAGAAGAGGAACUUUCAGUACUCAAAUCCGAGUAAAGAUAGAAAAAUAAUAAAUGAUAGUUUUGCUUGUUUUCGAUUCAGAGGGUUGCAUACCCGCUGGACAGGCUGUUUCUACCAUUUCAGGCGUCCUCAGCAGCGUUCGUUAGCGUGCACUCCUCUGAAUCGAAAAAUAGCUGGACCAUAAAGGGCCUAGCCGGGUAAGAUGGUGAAAAGUGCCCCCAACUCAAUUUAAAUUCCAUAUAGGUCACUUUUUAGAACAUAUAGAGGAACUCACUUUCUGAAAUUUUUAGCCCCCUAGGUGAUCACGUGACCCCCUAGAGCCUAAUUAGGCUUUUUAUGUUUUUAUUUUUUAUCUCAGCCGCGUCAAGAGCUAGCGAAAAAUUUUAUUUAAACAAGUUGUAAGUUUAAAAAAGAUCUAUAUGAAAAAAAAAUUUUAAAAUUUUUUGGCGGGAAAUUCGAAUUUUUAGAACAAUUUUAAACUUUUAAAUAACUCUGAAAAAAAAAACUAAGACACUCGUUUUUACCAAAAUCAAUUAUAAUGUGUAUUUUUGCACAAUAUUUCACCCUGAAUUUUUUCAAAUUUUUAAAAUUGGUGAAACGUACCUUUAAAAAUAAAAAACCGCAUUUUUUCGGUCUUUUUUUUCGUUUUUUGAUACAAUUUUAUACAUAUUUUUCAAAAAAGGUAACACCGUUACUAGAAUAGGUAAAAAAAUGAAAAAUAAUUGGGGUUUGCUUAAUAAAAUUUUUUUGUAACGACAUCCAUUUUCAAGAUACAGGGCGUUGAAGAAAACAAAAUUUUACACAUUUUUUACGAUUUUGCCGAAACUACUGGGAACAAUGCAAUAAAAUUCGGCAGGUUUUAAGAGGUAGUUAUUGUACAUUUUUUGACAUACAAUUAAGAAUUUUAUAUUCAUCAUUGGCGCGCAUACCGGUAAUGGUCUGAAUUUAUUAAAGAAAAAAAGAUGGUACGCCACUGACAUAUUUCAAAUUCACAAUCAUUUUUGAAUUCCUCGUUCCAUUUGUGACAAAAAAUCGAUCAUUCCAUUUUUUCAUACGACGAGCCGUUUUGUUGCAAAAAAUAAAAUAUCUUAACGCUUCCAAAGUAUUCGAAUUAAUUUUUAUAAUGGAUGUACGUGUAUGAGUUUCUGUAUGUAGAUGUAGAAACUACUAGAAGUUCGAAUGCUUUGUAAGGAUUAAGAUCUUUUAUUUUUUGAAUAAAAAUGGCACGUCGUAUGAAAAAAUAAGAAGAUAGAUUUUUUGUCACAAAUUGAACGAGGUAUUCAAAAACGAUUAUUAAUUUAAAAUAUGUCAGUGGCGUACUAUCUUUAUUCUUUAAAAAGUUCACACCAUUACCCCUAUGCGCGCCAAUGAUGAAUAUCAAAUCCUUAAUUGUAUGUCAAAACAUGCACAAUAACUACCUCUUAAAAACCGCCAAGUUUUAUUACAAUGUUGUCAGUAGUUUCAGCAAAAUCGUAAAAAAUGUGUAACAUUUUGUUUUCUUUAACGCCCUGUAUCUUGAAAAUGGAUGGCGUUACAAAAAUUUUUAUAAAGCAAACCCCAAUUAUUUUUCAGUUUUUUACCUAUUCUAGUGACGGUGUUACCUUUUUUGAAAAAUAUGUAUAAAAUUGUAUCAAAAAUCGAAAAAAAAAAACCGAAAAAAUGCGGUUUUUUUAUUUUUAAAGGUACGUUUCACCAAUUUUAAAAAUCUGAAAAAAUUCAGGGUGAAAGAUUGUGCAAAAAUACACGUUAUAAUUGAUUUUCGUAAAAACGAGUGUCUUAGUUUUUUUUUUCAGAGUUAUUUAAAAGUUUAAAAUUGUUCUGAAAAUUCGAAUUUCCCGCCAAAAGAUAAAAAAUUUUUUUUCAUAUAGAUCUUUUUUAAACUUACAACUUCUUUAAAUAAAGUUUUUGGCUAGCUCUUGACGCGGCUGAGAUAAAAAAUAAAAACCUAAAAAGCCUAAUUAGGCUCUAGGGGGGUCACGUGAUUACCUAGGGGGCUAAAAAUUUCAGAAAGUGAGUUCCUCUAUAUGUUUUAAAAAGUGACCUAUAUGGAAUUUAAAUUGAGUUGGGGGCACUUUUCACCAUCUUACCCGGCUAGGCCCUUUAAAGGGAAUCUGAAAGAUAAUUUAAAUUCCCCAUUAGGACGCGAUACAGCGACAUCUCAUAACAAAUUGAAGAGUCUCAGAUGCAGACUCUUCAAUUUGUUAUGAGAUGUCGCUGUAUCGCGUCCUAAUGGGGAAUUUGAAUUAUCUUUCAGAUUCCCUUUAAAUUGACGGUCCAGCUAUUUUUCGAUUCAGAGGAGUGCACGCUAACGAACGCUGCUGAGGACGCCUGAAAUGGUAGAAACAGCCUGUCCAGCGGGUGUGCAACCCUCUGAAUCGAAAACAAGCAAAACCAUCAUUUCUUAUUUUUUUAUCUUUACUCGGAUUUGAGUACUGAAAGUUCCUCUUCUGUCCUUUUUUCCUAGACGAAUGAAAGCGGAAUGUGAUCGUUUCCUUUUCGUUUUUUAUAUUUGUCGUCUGCGGUCUUAUUAAUUGAAAAAGUCGCAGAUUAAGGAUGUACCAGAAAGAACUUUCAACACGAAAAGUCUCAGUUUUAAAUUACUAUUUACCAUUUUAAUUUUUAUUAAAUUGGUGGAUUCUGCAUCUGAGACUCUUCAAUUUCUUAUAAAAAUCAUAGUUAAAACGGGCUUCCGAAUAAUAACAAACCUUUACUUGAAUCAAAGAAUACAAGUUGUAGUAGAAAACGAACCCAGGUCAGAAAUUGAAAUCGGGAGGGAAGUUAGGCAGGGAUGUACUAUGUAUCCAUUCCUACUCGAUGUAUACAGUGAAUUAAUUUUUAAAGAAGCAAAGUGAAGGAAAUGAUAUAUUAAUUCUGAAGACGGAGAAAUAAUAUUUAACGCAAGAAAAAUAAAUAACAUAAGAUAUGCAGAUGACACCGUGAUUAUGGCAAGCUCUGCUGAACAGCAAUUUUGUGAAAAAUAUAUGUCUAAACCCACUUUACUUUCGUGUCAUGCAAUAUAAGCUAUGCCUAUUUAUAUAUUUAUUGUAAACUACUUCUAAUCAAAAUACAUAUUAGUGUUAAUUUAUUUUAAAAUUAUUCAUUGUAUGAUGUAUGUAUCUACUAAUUAAGUAUGAUGUAUGUAUUUUUUAUUUGUAAAAAAAUAUCAUCGAAAAAAACUUUAUACAUGUUU